AUGGAAGCAAACAGUUCAGCAUCUUCAGCAAGUUUCAAUCAGGACAAUUUUUUAUUCAAAACACCGGAAAAAUCAAGAAAACUUUCAACUCAAAACGAUAGCCCGUACACUCCAUCUGCUAUCACAACAUCGCCAGUUCAAAGGCCCGCAUCAUCAAUCGUCUACGAAGAAGUGGAAGAGUCGCCACCGCCACACGGAGGUGAUUUCGACAUCCAACGGGCUCAAAUACUCAUUUGCAACAGGCGUGUGAAUGAUCUGAACGACCCACCAAAAAUCGAAGAAUACUCGCCAUCUCGCCCGGCGAUCAGAAUUGUUAAAAGAAAACAUGCUGUGAUGUACGAUCCAAUAGUUCAACGUUAUCAAAAAAAGCAAAUGAUGAUAAAUGAAGCCGCCGCCGCCGCUGCUGUGGCUGAAGUCGCAGCCGAAGUCGUUGCCGAUGCUGAAGUAUGCGCGAAGCUCAAGCCAAUCGAUCUUAAUGCCACUCCUAAAAAGUCAUGUGUGCGCAAGCUGUCGGAUUGUGUGAAAAAAACGCAAAAUGUGAAAUUUGCUGACACUGUUGGCCUUCCAAUGGUUUCUAUACGAGAAAUACCAAAACUAAACAACGGAGGCCAUUGUACAUCCACGGAAAUGCGAAACUUUGAAGUAAAACAUGAACGAUACAUACCAAGCGUUCCAAAAACCGAAGCAAAAUCGGUUGCCUGGAAGUUGUUAGAGUGCGAUGCACCUUGCCGAAAAAAACCGAAAUUAAAUACUGGAGCGUAUUUAGCUGAGGAGAAGCGUCUUGCAUCAUUGGGAUUGUCGUUCCGACCUCAAUUUGGAACCGUAGACAUCAUUGAACCAGAUGAUAUCACCGAAUUAACGAAACCAACUUCAUCUAAGCCAGCCCCAAUGAUUCCGACGGGCGCAGUAAAUAUGAGUUCUUCGGGAAGUCUCAUCAAACAGUUGCCACUGCCUGGACGGAAGAAUCCUGUUGAGCCAACGCUUGCUCCAAUACCUGUUCCGUUUGCUGCGACAGUAUCGAAAACUGAAUCAACUCCACAGAAGCCAGUUAUCUGCCAAGUUUUUGAGAGCUCUCCAGAUGUUGGAUAUGGAUAUCAAGCGAGAAUGGCUACACCUAUGAAGAGAGAUGGUGCUUCAAUUCCAAUCGCCCGUCCAGACUUCUCACAACCUCCACCGCAAAUUGACGGAUACAUCGCCAAAUUUGCGGAGCCGAGCGAAAAACCACAAGCAGACAGUGUUUCAAGUUCUGAAACGAGCAAAGUUGAACUUCCAGAAGCACUACGAGAAAUGCUCGCUAUGUUAAAAAGCAAAGGAUAUGUUAAAUCUGAUGAUCCUCCAAGUCAAGAAGCGCCUGUCUAUGUCGCCACAUUCGAUGAGAAGGAUUUGAAUCCUCAGCAAAUACAAGCUGUCGAAGCUGCUCAAAACAAAGCCAACGGUGAGAGAUGGACUCAAUGUGGAUGGAAAAUACCCGAGCCUUGCACAUACUUUGUAUACCGGUCCGGUGGAUGUAUUCGCGGAGAUAACUGCCGGUUUAUUCACGAUGAAGAAAUGAAAAAAAGACUGCUUCGCCAGAGAGAAGAGUCACGCCGUGACGAUGAGCCUAUCCGAAACCACAAUGUCGGUUAUCCACUCCCACCAGAGAAUAACUUCCGUCCGAUGUCCGAUCCUCGAAACAUGAUGCGUGGGGCAUUCAAUCGUGGCGCUAGUAACAUGGAUCGUGGAGCCGGAUUCCGUGGAAACUACCGCGGCGCCAACGUCAAUCGUGGACAAUUUGAUGAGAGAAACUGUUUCGAUUCUCGCCAAGGUUUUGAACCACGUCAAGGAUUUGAUAAUCGUCGUGGAUUUGAACAUCGUCGUGGAUUCGAAAAUCGUCGCGGUUAUGAAGAUCGUCGCGGAAUGGACAAUCGCCGUGGAUUUAGCCAUCGCCGCAAUCAACCAUACCCACCGCGAAACUUUCGAGGGAGAGAUCGAUUCCGACGUGAUGAUGAUCGAUUUGAUAGAAAUGGUUCAAUGCGUCCAUAUCAUGACGACAAUCGAGAUGAGGACCGAGAGCGCAAUAAGGAACCUCGGGAGGUUGUUAUGGCUACCAGAGAAUUUUACUUUGCUAUUAUUGGGCAUUAUGAUCAACCUAUUUUUGAGAUGGAUUUUCCAAAUGGAGAGAAAAAAUUUAAAGAAUCGGCAGAUACAAGACACUUGAAUCAUUAUAUUGGCCAUGCCGCUCUUGAUAUUGUCGAUGAACAUGCACUCACAACUACUCACAUGUAUUUAAAGAUGGUUGAUAAGUUUAAUGAAUGGUACGUUUCGGCGUUUGUCACUGCUAGCAGAGUACGCUUCAUUAUGCUUCAUACUCAUCGUGUCGAUGAGGGAAUAAAACAAUUCUUUCAAGAGAUGUAUGAAACAUAUAUCAAACAUGCGAUGAAUCCUUUCUAUGGAAUCGACGAGCAUAUCAAGUCGGAAGCCUUCGAGCAAAAAGCCAUUUUAUAUGGAAAGAAGUACUUGAUUUAA